GAUAAAAUAAUAAUUUUGCAAAUAAGUAAAGAUGAGAAUGAUAUGAUAUAGGGGAGUGUGAUUAUAGAAGAAGCAAAAUCAAAGGCAGAAAAGGGUAGACCGACGAGUGAGAGAAAGAAUUAGCGAUCAGAGAUCAACAGAUCGGAAAAAUGGCUCCAUUCAGUGGCGACGAAACUGCUCCUUUCUUCGGCUUUCUCGGAGCCGCCGCGGCUCUCGUUUUCUCCUGUAUGGGUGCGGCUUACGGAACAGCGAAGAGUGGCGUCGGUGUUGCAUCGAUGGGAGUGAUGAGACCUGAACUCGUUAUGAAAUCGAUCGUACCCGUUGUUAUGGCUGGUGUCUUAGGUAUCUACGGUUUGAUUAUUGCGGUUAUCAUAAGUACUGGAAUUAAUCCAAAGGCUAAAUCUUAUUAUCUAUUUGAUGGUUACGCACAUCUUUCUUCUGGUCUCGCUUGUGGUCUUGCUGGUCUCUCCGCUGGUAUGGCCAUCGGCAUCGUCGGUGAUGCCGGCGUUAGAGCAAAUGCUCAACAGCCAAAGCUUUUUGUUGGAAUGAUUCUCAUCCUCAUUUUUGCUGAGGCGUUGGCAUUAUACGGACUCAUUGUCGGCAUCAUCUUAUCUUCCCGUGCUGGCCAAUCCAGGGCUGAAUAAAUGUUAUCUUUCUCAUUGGUGGUGGUUUACAUAGCCACAUAUUGUGAAUGUCACUGCGGAGUUGGCUUUGGUAAUGUCAGUAGACUGAUUGCUGCUUUUUAUUAUUCAUGUUAUUCUAUUUAUUUAUGUACUUAUAAAGUUGAGGUUAUCUAGGACCAUGAAUAAAGCUUUUCUCUGGGCAUCAUUAGUUUUUAAUUAUAUAUGCUCAAUAGAUCAGAGGUCUAUAUACUUAGACAGAUGUUUGUUUUGAUUUGUUUUGAUUCCAUAACUUAUUAUAUCGUUUUGUGCUCUUCAAAAUGUAUCUCCCAAACAACCCAGACCUUUCAUUUAUAUUAUUUUAUUCAAUAUGAUCUCUCUUUA